AUUCAUUGCAACACUUUCGCUGCAGAAAAAUGUAGAAAGGGUUUCAUAAUUUCUGAAACUCUCGAUGCGCUUAAAGAACAUUUUCAAACAUGUUCUUUUCUUACUUCCAUUAUACUUUGCUACUUCCAUUCUGCAGAUUAUUACUGAAAUCGAUGUACCGGAACUCCAACUAUUAGCAUCGAACUUAAAGCCAGAAGAAUGUGUGAAACUUGUCUCCUUGGAUUCUCCGUAUCCAUUGUCAGACGAAGAAGUACAAAAGCUAGCACGAGAACAGAGCUGUUUCCGAAUACUAGUGAAAUGGAUUUGUCAAUUAAGGACAGUUACAAAGAACACAUGCCCAAUUGUAAACGACCUACUUGAACGAAUCGGAAGAAGAGAUUUAGCUGCGUGCCUUACCGAACUCAAGAUGAAAACUUCGAAAUCGCCGAAAGUGGUUCGUGACGUUCAGUUAGCCGACGACUCGGAAGAUUACGAAGGAUCUGCAACAAUUGCAGUGCCAGUCGUUACUACAAAAGCGGAGGACAUUAAAGCUGACAAUCAAACCACAAAUAAAACGUUAACUAAAGUCAGUGCCUUAGGACAAAAAACCUUGAAGAUUUCGCUACGGACUGCCGGGCUCGUUGUAGCAUCCACUAUACUUCUCACUUGUUGUUGCACUUUAUUUAUAAGAAACAGAUUAGCAAAUCUGUGCAGCAGAAUAUUUAGAAGAAAAAAGAAAAAGAAAGGGAAAUUGAUAGCAACGGUAGAGGACGACGAUGACGUAUCUAGAAGCUAUUUUAUAAGAAAAUCGCGAGUGAAGAAGAAAAAAUCGCCAUCGUACGAGUUAAUAAAUACAGGCACACAGAAUGCCAUGCUCAUUACACCUGCAGAAACAGAACCAGAACCAUCACCAACGAAUUGUUACAGAUGUUACAAGAAGAAGAGAAAGAAAAGCACGAGAAGACCACACAGAUGAAACUUGUAAAUUGACAUUGUAAAUCCUUUUAAUGUUCUGCGAUCUUUAGUUAUUAUCUUAAACAAUACUCCUGUCUUUUAAUUGUAAUCUGCACUAAUUUCGAAUAAAUAACUUCAUUUUCA